AUGUUGGAAUCACCGCCUAAAAGAAGGAAGAUCUCGCUCCCUGAAAGCAACUUUGCGCUUCACUCGCAAUCACACGAAGCCUCUUCAAUUUUCAAUAAUCAUCCACCAAACUCAAGUGCCGUGACCGAUAGCUGCAAUGAUGAAAAAAGCAAUAUCUCCAUCUCUGCUGUUUCGAAGCAGGCCGACGAGACAGUGGCACCCUUCCUGGCAAAACACAUACCUAGCCAAUAUGCGCGGAUCGGAGCACAUUCACCACUGAUACGGAACGCGAAGAAUCCCAACACGAAGUAUUGCUACCGGCACAGACCAGAUUUGAAAUGCCGAAGAUCUGCCAAUGAGCCAUCCAUGGAUCAGCUGCAGCAUGAACUUGAAGACUUGACACAGGCUGAUCAGCAAGCUAUAGCACACAUUUGGUCCAUAUUCUCCGCUUCACCAGCCAAGCAGCGAACCCUCAUACUGCAGGGCAUCCUCACACAGUGCUGCUUUCCUCAACUGUCAUUUCUAUCUUCCAACGUACGAGAGCUCAUUCGCAUUGACUACCUCACUGCACUGCCCCCCGAGGUGUCCUUUCGAAUCCUGUGCUUCCUAGACACGACAUCGUUAUGCAAAGCAGCACAGGUCAGCCAGAGAUGGAGAGCUUUAGCGGAUGACGACGUCGUAUGGCAUCGUAUGUGUGAGCAACAUAUCGAUCGAAAAUGUGUCAAGUGUGGCUGGGGCCUGCCUCUCCUGGAGAGAAAGAAAUUGAGGGAAAGUAAGCGACAAAUACAGCUACGAGCUACUGGGAGAGGAUUGAACGAAUGGUCACCAAAUAUCACGCCGUAUCCGGAGCAGACACAAAAUCCUCACAUUACUCAAGGCGAUCUCUCUCACGUUGAGUCGAAAAAUAAUGAGCUCAAUCAAGGCCUUGACGGCGACUCGCUGCAAUUCGAAUUGACAGGACCUGGUGCCAAUACUGGCACUCCUGGUGACAGUGAAACAUACUUUCAGCCCCGAACUAGGCCGUGGAAAGAUGUCUACAAAGACCGCUUCAUGGUCGGCACGAAUUGGAAGUAUGGUAGAUGCACGACGAACAUAUUUCGCGGCCAUCAAAAUGGCGUGAUGACCCUCCAAUUCGACGACCGCAUCUUGGUCACCGGCUCUUACGAUACCACCAUCAAGGUUUGGGACAUUCGGAUAGGGGAGGAGCUCCGUACCUUGAGAGGUCACACUUCCGCCGUCCGCUGCUUGCAAUUCGAUGACACCAAGCUUAUCAGUGGUGGUCUAGACAACAAAAUCAAGAUUUGGAAUUGGAGGACUGGGGAGUGUUUAUCAACGCUCUUGGGUCAUUCCGGCGGCAUCAUUAGCCUUCAUUUCGAUUCCUCAAUUCUGGUAACCGGGUCUGCUGACAACACCAUACGUAUCUGGAACUUUGACGAUAAAUCGGCUUCUGUCCUACGCGGUCACGCUGAUUGGGUCAACUCCGUUAAAAUCGAUUCCCCAUCUAGGACUGUAUUUUCUGCCUCUGAUGAUAGCACAGUCAAACUUUGGGACCUUGACAGCAAACUCUGCAUCAAGACCUUCGAAGGCCAUGUUGGCCAGGUGCAACAGAUCGUCCCCUUAUCGCCGGACUACGUCUUUGAAGACUCUGAUGAUGAUGUGUCAGACCAUGACGGAACGUGCACAACUCCAAGCGCGACGUCAGAAUCUCACGCACAUCCACAAUUACCUCAAUUCACAGACCAACAGCCCAUCAUAGAGCCCUUCAGUCCCCACUUCAAGUCUGGCGAUCGACCCCUGCCACCUCGAUACAUCUUGACCGGUGCUCUAGACUCUACCAUCAGACUCUGGGACACUUAUACGGCCAAAUCUAUCCGUACAUAUUUUGGGCAUGUGGAGGGUGUCUGGGCUCUGGCUGCAGAUACUCUACGUAUUGUGAGUGGUGCGCAGGAUCGGACGGUGAAAGUGUGGGAUACGAAGGGAAAGUGCGAGAGAACGUUUGGAGGCCAUACGGGCCCGGUUACCUGUAUUGGCCUGAGUGAUCAAAGGAUGUGUAGUGGAGCUGAGGAUGGCGAGCUUCUGAGUUGGACGAAGGGAAAAGCAGAAUCAGGAGAAGGAUGUGACGUUUGA